CCGCUUUCCCCUGAAUCCACGAGAUUUGACCUCCAGGCGAGAAAGUGACCCAUAGACUCUCGCACUCCUGCCCAGAUUAGGCGGGAAUCCAUCAUACGUGAUUGGGGAAUGAACUGAUUGAACACCGGCCCUGAUUGGAUGAUCUGUCAAGUCCCAUCGUCUUGACUCAAAUGCCCCUCUGCAGUGGACAUGAGCACGUCCCGAAACAGGGGCUGUGAUAUGCGCCCAGCAUACUGUGUACAUCCCAAGAUUUUCCCGACUUGGAUGAACCUGGUAGAUUGCUGAGACUCAACAGAUUCCAACGGCUCCCAGCAGGUCCCUCUGAGAAAAGGUGUCAAUCAUAGCCCUAGAGGUUUGCAGAUCGCCCCUGAUGUACCUCUUACCCCUCACGCUUACAUACCGAGGAAGAACUCCCGGCCUCUUGGGUCCCUUACCUAAAGGAGCUGUGAAAUUUCACAUGUAGACCAGGAAUCAACUGUCGGUAUAAACUAAGCCAAAGGGUCUAUAUAAUAUUUCAAUUGGGACCACCCCGCAGUAUUAAGGAAAGGUCGUUACGGACCGAGGAUCGAUCGAGGGCGGAUAGUUACGAAAUCCGUUACACAGUCUAAAAUUAAUAUAAGCAAACCAACAACCACCCUCUUUUCCUACCCAACAUUAUAGUACCGCCAGAAUACGACAGAAAUGACUAUCGCAACCGUAGAAACGGGGUACGUGGGAAACCUUACCCAAGGCCAAGAAGAGAAACUCCUACAGCUAUGGGUGAUUUUCUUGCGAGCGUGCGAUCCGCAAUUAUCUCGCACAGACACGAGUCAGAGUGGCCAAACUACCUCCGCCACAUCAACUAAACAGCGCAGAAGGCUCUUCUCGCUAUCUUGGUCGGCGGAAGACCAAGCCAAAUCCAACGAUGCGCCUCCGGUGCCUGCCAAAUUGCUUUCCGAGCUCCAAGCGAUGAAGAUGAAUGCACAGGAGAUCAAGUUAAUUCAGCAAGUUCUGACCAAGCUCAAACCGGACGAACUUCGCUCAGCUUUCCUUGCUAUGAUGAAACAAGAUCAUCCAGACACAUUCCUUCUUCGAUACUUACGUGCUGAGAAAUGGAAUGUCAGCAAGGGUUUCGUCAAGUUCGUAUCCGCACUGGAGUGGUGGAGCAAACAGAAACAGGUGGAAGCCGAGGUAAUCCACAAGGGAGAGCUUCAUGCAUUGCAGCAGUCGCAGAGCAGCACCGGUAGCACUGAUAAAAAAGAUGGUGAGGACUAUAUGGCCCAGUUGCGCAUGGGCAAGGGCUUUUUUCAUGGCUCCGAUAAAUCCGGUCGUCCUAUUUGUGUUGUGAGAGCACGGACCCAUAAGCCAGGUGCGCAGAGUGAAAAGGCGCUCAAUUCAUAUAUUUUGUACAACAUCGAGUUGAUGCGACUGCUGCUUGUUCCUCCUGUUGAAACUAUGACACUAAUCUUCGACUUGACAAACUUUGCUCUUUCAAAUAUGGAGUACGCCCCAGUCAAGUUCAUUAUCGAGUGCUUCCAGGAAAACUAUCCCGAAUCGCUUGGAUACAUGCUCUUCUAUAAUGCUCCCUGGUUCUUUUCUGGAAUCUGGAAGGUUAUCCGGGGCUGGCUUGACCCUGUCGUGGCCGCCAAAGUUCAUUUCGUGAACUCGGUUGAAGACCUGGAGCAAUUCAUCGAUCGAUCCCAGAUCGUGAAGGAACUUGGCGGCGCUGAAGAUUGGACCUACGAAUACGUAGAGCCUGAACAAGACGAGAAUGCUCAACUUCAGGACACAACCACAAGAGAUUCUAUUAUGGCCCAGCACCAACAGAUCGGAGAGGAACUCUUUGAAGCAACCUCGAUGUGGCUUUCCGCCAAGGACAAGGGAAAUUUGGGUGAUGCUUCACAGCAGAAGGAUCGCAGGGCAAAUAUCGCCAUUCGGCUGCGAGAGAAUUAUUGGAAACUGGAUCCGUACGUACGUUCCCGUACACUGCUUGAUCGCAUUGGUGUGAUUAAAGCUCAUGGUAAUAUCGACUUUUAUCCCGCCAAAGGGGGCAUAGGGGAGAUCAAGGAAGAAAAUGAGAAGGAGGUAAAGGCUGUUGUUGAUCAAGUAGAGUAUGCAAGUGAGGCGCAGGUGGCCAGCGCAGCUUGA